AUGGAGUGCUCUAUCGCCAAGAAGAUAUGGGGCUGGUCAAAGGAGAACAAUCUUCACUAUAAGUUUAUGAUUAGUGACGGUGAUAGUAAAGCCUAUGCUAGUAUCUGGGAUACAUGUGGUUGCUGUGCUGAUUGUGAGAAAUGGGAAAACACCGACAAACGUUCAGCUGAGUAUAAGAAAUGGCAUGAAUCUAGGGGUUAUGUAGAACGGAAGAAAAGUCAUGAGAGUGGGAAGGCCGAUUGUUCCAGGGUGACAAAGUUGGAUUGUGUUGGGCAUGUACACAAAAGAAUGGGAAGUCAUUUGCGGGAACUAAGAAAGAAAGUAACCAAGCUGAAGGAUGGGAAAUCGGUGAAGGGAAGAAAACAUCGACUGACAGACAAAGUGAUAGAUAAGCUCCAGACAUACUAUGGCAAUGCAAUCAGAGCAAAUGUCAAACCUGGGAAGCUAACUGCACAACAGCAAAAGGAGCAAAUAUCCAUCAAGCAACAGGCUAUAAUGGCAGUUCUAUAGCAUUUAUGUGAACUUAUUUAUGACAAAGAGAGACACAAAUUUUGUCCAUCGGGACCUGAUAGUUGGUGUUCUCAUAAAAGAGAAGGAAAACUUCAGAGAAAGGACCAUCAUUUAGAUGCAGUUUUCUUGGAGUUUCUGCUCCCUGAAUUCAAGCGUCUGGGUCAGUAUUCUCUUUUAAUUCGUUGCCUUCCCGUUCAUUCGCAGAAUGUCAACGAGAGCUUGAACAGUCUUAUGUGGAAUCAUGCCCCUAAACACCGACUUAAAGGACCUCGAGUUAUUGAAAAUGCUGCAAUGUCAGCUGUUCUGGCCUUCAAUUGCGGUGCUGCAUCAAGACAGGAUGUCAUGAAGGCUGCAAACAUCCCUGGUG